AUGAUUUCUUCUGUAUCCUCUUUCAUAUUUUUCUCCCUUACCUUCCUUACCGCAAUUGUCGCUGCUGAGCCACCGGACAACAGAGAUUUUUUCCAAUACAAUCCCGAAAGAACCCGCAACUACCCAGAAUGGUGGAGUCAUCCGGAGCAAUAUGACUGCACUGGAGAUUAUUUCACUCUCCUUCAAGCAAAUAAAUGGACUCGAAAUCGGUCCAAGUGGUGCCAGAAGAAAGCUACAGGGGAGACCUUUUUCUUUCAAGUGACCGACUAUUAUCAUUCCUAUGGGUUGAGUUAUUGGUGUGCGUCACCAAAUUAUCCGGCACACACAGAGGUCAAUUUGCUGGAGAAUAAUGAGAAACUUGCCUAUUUCAAGAUCAACCAGACUGGCUGUAUGACCUGGACAAAAGUGGAACUUGAGCGACCGUUGAAGAAAGGCUUGAAUUCCCUGCACACAAAUAUGCUGAUGGCGGGGCCGUAUUGGGAAGGCGAAAAGGGCAAGAUAUCUGGAACACAUCAUUUUAACCUUAACGUGUAA